AUGGAGGGUAUUAACGCCAUGCCUGACACGGAAGGGGGUGCGGCUGAGAUUGAUGAUGUGAGGGAAUUCGACCCUUCCACUCGCCCCUCGAAGGUGACAAGAAAAAGAAGGCGCGCAGCUCUCUCAUGCACAGAGUGUCGUCGAAGGAAAAGAAAGUGCGAUGGCAAACUUCCAUGCUGCGAUUGCAAACUGCGAAACAAGGAAAAUGAAUGUCAUUAUGCAGACAGUCCUGUAAAUGUACAACAUUUCCGGAAUACAAUGUCUCCCCCUGGUCUCAGCACGGCCGCUGAAACAGGAGAUACACCCAUCUCAGCUACGGAUGCUGCUUCUACAAGUUCAGACAACAACGACAACAAAACUCUUUCAAUUAGCGAAUUUGGCUACGCUCGCACGGGUAACUCGACAGCAGACCUCCUAGACAGGUUCCAUGCUGGUAACAAUGGACUGACGGCCGAGCCCGGAGUAGUUGGCAUCAUAAAUGACGAUUCCAAGCUCUGGAAGCCUUAUAAGACUUUGCUAGAAACGCUGCCGGGGCGUACCUGCAUCGAAAAACUUGUCGACUAUUACUUCCAUGAGAUCAACUGGCAAUACUACGCUUUGGACGAAUAUACAUUCAAGCAGCAGCUUCGGACUUGGUACCAGCUUGACUUACCCACGGUAUUCAAAAGCCUCUCUCCAGACUGGAAGGCAUUCCCGGCCAUCGUCUUUGAGCUUAUAGCCACUUCUGUGUUAUUGGUGAAACCAGAGACAGUAUUGCCUUUUCUCAACCUUAAUCAUUUUAGCAAUGCAUCCUCUGAGACCUUAGCAGUGGAAUACAAUAAGUCUGCGGCGGAAAUUAUACGCCUUCUUGGAAAACGACAGAUUUCUUUUGCAAGCGUAAUUGCAGGCUUCCUUCAUACCGCUUUUCUCAAGUACUUUGGUCAGGUGGCGGAAGCAUGGCAUGCCCUUGGCGAAGUCAUAAGGGAUGCACAUGAGAUUGGGCUGCAUUCUUCUCAACGGGAUCCGAAGCCUUGCAGUGACAGCGUAGCGGAAGUCCUGAAAAAUGAAUGGCUUAUACAAGACCGUCGUCGGAUCUGGAUGAUUUUGUCGGGGUGGGACAUUCAUACGGCCAUGGUAUUAGGUCGGCCUGCGACCAUCCUCGACGAUUUAGAGCCGACGCUUCCUAUCGACGCAAUAAUCAUCCAAAAUCGCUCGGCCAAUCCGGUGCUCCCCAGAGGCUCACAUGACGCCCCGACACCUCUCACACGUGCCAUCUGGGCCUACCGCGUCAUGAGUAAUCUUCGUAAGGUGCAAGCCCUGGACAAAGAGCGUUACUCGUCUGGGGACUUCUCACAGGUUGACAGUCUCGACCAAGAGAUUCGGCAGCUUGACGCUGAUAUUCCUUGCUUCUUCCACCGAUACAACCCAGACAAGACGUUUGACUCACAUCCUGACUGUUACUGGAUACCUCGAGCCAGGGCAACCUUGCCGCAGCUCCUUUCUUUCAAUUUAAUAGCCUUGCACCGUCCUCACAUUUUCACACACGCCGCAAGCCGGUCUCGGGCCCUAGGGGCUUGUCUUGAUAUGCUCCAAGCUCAGAAAGAGCACUUCGAAUCUAUUGAAGACAACCAGUAUAAGACCUUCUUUUUGUUCUUUGGCACAUUUGAUGCCGUUGUGUUGAUGGCUUCAAUAUACGCCUUCUUUCCGGAGAAUCAUCCAGACAAGAUUGUACAGGCGAUGCGGCACCUCCAGUGGUCUAUCGUCCGAUUUGAGGCAAUGUCCAGCCGCAAUGCCCUAGCUAAAUCUGCGGUCGAUACAUUGCGUACCUUCUUUGAACGUCUCAGGAGGACGUUCCCCAGGGCUGCUUGUCAUCCUGUAGCUGAUCCUGCUUUGCUUAGCCCAACGGGCUCGUCAACGCAGGCUUCGUCCUUAGCAAUUGACGUGACUAGCUCCGCAUCAUAUACCGAUAAUACGUCGAGAUCUUCGAGCAUAGGUCUCUCGCCUUCAAUGCUGGCAACUGCCCCAGCGUUCGAUGCCUGGGGACCACCAGCCGUGCCGUUUGACUGGUCAUUGAUUGAGCCCAUAUACGCAAUGGGUGAUAUUGCGUACAAUGAUUUGAUUGGGGAUCUGGAUGACACAGUAGCUGCCAGCUCCGAGCAAGAUAUCUGGCCCAGUGCGGAGCCUGAAUUACUUCACUUUAGUGGCGAUUUUGGAGCUAAUAGUGUUUGGAGUGUGCUAAAUCAGGAUUUUGUAAACAGACGAGAGUAG